AGCUGGUGAGCAAUGCAAGGAGCAGACGUGUAACCAACUUACAUCAUCUUCAACAUGAAGAUAGCUACAGUGCCAAUGCUUCUGACCCUGGCUCUUUGCCUCAUACAAGAUGCUGCCAGUGAAGGUGAAAAUCAGGAAACAUGCAAUGAAUAUAGGGCACUGAUGAAAAAUGGAAAACUGUUCUGUUCCCAAGAUAAAAACCUUUUUCAAAGCCCUGAUGGAAUAGUGUUCAUCAACAAAUGUGCCACAUGCAAAAUGAUAUUAGAAAAAGAAGCAAAAUCCCAGAGAAGGGCCAGGCAUUUAGCAAGAGCCACCAGGGCUACUGCCCCAGCAAAGUUGAAUUGCAAUGAUUUCAAGCCAGGAAAAAGGGAUGAGCAUUUUCUAUGUACCCUUGAUUAUACACCUGUUUGUGGCACAGAUGGGAAAACAUACAGCAACAGAUGUGCACUAUGUGCUAGGAACGCUAAAACCAGAUCUCAAGUUGGCAUAAAAAGUGAAGGAGAAUGUAAGAACAGUAAUCCAGAGCAGGAUCUAUGUAGUGAUUUUCGGCCUUAUGCGAAGAAUGGAAGACUUGGAUGCACAAAGGAAAAUGAACCAAUUCUUGGUCCUGAUGGAAGGACACACAACAAUAAGUGUACGAUGUGUGCUGAGCUAUUCUUAAAAGAAGCUGAAGAAAAUGCCAAGCGAGAAGGUGAAACCAGAAUUCGACGAAGUGCUGAAAAGAAUUUCUGCAAGGAAUAUGAAAACCACGUGAGGAAUGGAAAACUUUUUUGUACACGGGAGAGAGAGCCAGUCCGUGGCCCUGAUGGCAGGAUGCAUGGCAACAAAUGUGCCCUGUGUGCUGAAAUUCUCAAACAGCGUUUUUCAGAAGAAGAAAAUAAAGCAGAUGAACACCUGAGAAAGGAUAAAGAACAAGUUAAAAGAGAAACUGAGAAACUCUGCAGUGAGUAUCAGGAUCAUGCAAAGAAUGGAAUACCUUUCUGUACCACAGAAAAUGACCCUAUUCGUGGCCCAGAUGGGAAAAUGCAUGGCAACUUGUGUUCCAUGUGUCAAGACUUCUACCAAGCAGAAGCUGAAGAAAAGAAAAAGGCUGAAGCAAAAGCAAGAAGUAAAAGAGAACCUGGAAAAGCACGCUCAUAUGCAAAGCUGUGCAGUGAAUACCGCAAGUUUGUGAGAAAUGGAAAACUCUUUUGCACCAGAGAGAAUGACCCCAUCCAGGGCCCAGAUGGGAAAAUACAUGGCAACACCUGCUCCAUGUGUGCGGCUUUCUUCCAAGCAGAAGAAAAAGAAAAGAAAAAGAAGGAAGGUGAAUCUAAAAAUAAAAGGCAAUCUGAGAAUACAUCUUCCUUUGAGGAGAUGUGCAGGAAAUACCGCAAAUCCAGGAAGAAUGGACAGCUUUUUUGCACUAGAGAGAAUGACCCCAUCCAGGGCCCAGAUGGGAAUAUGCAUGGCAACAUCUGCUUCAUGUGUGAGGCUCUCUUUCGACAAGAAGAAAGAGCAAGAGCAAAGGCUAAAAGAGAAACUGCAAAGGAGCUGUGCAGUGAAUACCGUAACUAUGUGAGGAACGGACAUCUUCCCUGCACCAGAGAGAAUGACCCCAUCCAGGGCCCAGAUGGGAAAAUCCAUGGCAACACCUGCUCCAUGUGUGAGGCCUUCUUCCAGCAAGAAGCAAAAGAAAAAGAAGCUGAAUCCAGAAGAGCUAAGAGAGAAGCUGAAAAGGAUACAUGCAGUGAAUUUCGGAGCCUUCUGAAAAAUGGAAGUCUUUUCUGCACUCGAGAAAAUGAUCCUGUGCGUGGCCCAGAUGGCAAGACCCAUGGCAACAAGUGCUCCAUGUGCAAAGAAGUCCUCCAGAAAGAAGAUGAAGAAAGAAAGAGAAAAGAAAAGAAACAUCAGAGAAACACUGCAGAGAAUGGUUCCAAACAUUUCGCAAAAGGGAAAGCUCAGGACCAAUGUGCUGAGUAUUGGGAACAAAUGAAAAAUGGACCACUCAGCUGUACUCGGGAGCGUGAUCCUGUACGCGAUGAAAAUGGCAAACCAUACAACAAUAAGUGUACCAUGUGUAAAGAGAAACUGCAAAGAGAAGCAGAGGAAAAAAAUAAGACUUCUGGCUACAGAUCAAAUGGGAAUGAAUCAGCAUUAGGAAAGGAUAUAUGUGAUGAGUUUAGAAGUCAAAUGAAAAAUGGACAACUUACUUGCACCCGAGAAAGUGACCCCGUCCAGGGUCCAGAUGGCAAGACAUAUAGCAACAAGUGUGCUAUGUGUAAGGAAAAACUGGGAAGGGAAGCAGCCGAAAGAAAAAUGAAAGCGCAGGUCUACGUGAGAAACACAGCCGAAAAGAACAAUGGAAAAGAGGAUCAGUGUCGUGAAUUCUGGAACAUGGUGAGAGACGGAAAGCUUAUCUGCAACAGAAAAAUCGACCCUGUUCAAGAUCCAUAUGGCAAGAUGCACAUCAACAAGUGUGCUAUGUGUCAGAGCAUCUUUGAGCAAGAAGCUAGUGAAAGAGAAAAGAAUAAAGAAGAAAAAUCAAGUGUCAAGCCCUCAAAUGAUGUAAAGGAUGAGUGCUGUAACUUUCGGGAGUAUGUGAGGAAUGACGAGCUCAUGCGUACUCGAGAGAAUGACCCUGUGCGUGGUACUGAUGGAAAGUUAUAUAAAAGCAAGUGCUGCAUGUGCAGAAUUACCUUUCAAAAAGAAGCUUUGGAAAGGACAAGAAUUCGAGAAAAGCCAUCCCACGUUAGAUCUUCUGAAGAGGAAGACAGCCCAGAUUCCUCCAUUUCUUCUCUGAACUCUGAGAUGUGCAGACCGUACCGAGUAUUACCCAGGAUGGGUUACCUUUGUCCAAAGAAUUUACAGCCUGUCUGUGGUGAUGAUGGCCAGACAUACAACAAUCCUUGCAGGCUCUGUCACGAAAAUCUAAUACGCCAAACUAAUACACGCAUACGCAGUGAAGGAAGGUGUGAGGAGAAGAGCAACCCAGAAACAACAGCUCUCAGAGUGCCAGCAUCUGUCAAAUGAUGAAAGAGUUGGUGAAAGCCAUGAGGGAAAAUGUGUAUCCCAAUUCUGAAUCGCCUACCUUCACCAUCUGUAUAUACAAAGAAUUCUUCAGAGCUCAUCUUAUUUACUAUAGAAAACAAUACAGAACUGUUGGGGGAAUGGACUCACUGACUUUCAGUCUUUUCCAUCUCUUUCCUCCUAGAUUCUGUGAUCUGAGGGCACAGAGACAUCUUCAUCCAGUCUGUGCUAUGGAAACCUCCUGAUCACAAUGCUGUCUGUCCAACUGCUUGUUCAAUAAAAGUAAACCCCGCAGAAAGCCAUUUCUGGGAUUUCUUUGUCACUGCCUGGAUAAUAGGAACUUGUUUUUGCAGAAGCUGAAUGAACUCUACCUUUUUGUUUUUCUAAGCCUA